GUUGAUAGACCUCUUGAAACGGGUUGGAAUCUUUCUAAUCCGUUGCCUAAUGGAGACAUUCUUCUUCUGCCUAAUGCAAAUGGGUUCUUCCCCCAUAGCAUGGCUCAGAUCCCAGCUGAUUCGGGCUUCAUUACUCGUGCUGCAAGGUUUUCGUGCUACGGUAGUGGGAUUUUUGGUGAAAUGUUGAACCAACCUCUUGGAGUUCCUGAACCAAUUGGUUUGUAUUCUCAAGUGUGUGGAACAAUGCAACGGCUGCAGGAUAUGCCAGUGGGAACUGUAGCCAAACAAGCUCAUGGAGGACAAUGCUCGGGGAAUGAACUAAAUGUCGGUGAACUUCCAAAGGAUGCUUCUACGGCAGUAAGAGAUGGGUUCAAGAAUGAUGCAGGAACUGUGAUCCAUGUUGGAGCCAACGAAGAAGUUAAAGUAGAUAAACCUGGAUGCAGUCAUAUGUCUGAUGAAACUCGAUCCAGUGGUGGUAAUGGUCGAAAUGAACUGCAAGUUGGGGAAUUGAAAUCUGGGGAAACCCCUUCCAAGUGCUUUGAUAGGAAGAAAAGGAAAAUAAAUAGCCAGGGUUAUGAGCCUAACCAGUCAAGCAGAGCUCUGCAGUCAGGUGAAGAACCAGACAACAAUGGUGAGAAAAAGGAAAAUUAUGAGCGAAAUACCAAUUUGUCUCCUAAGAAGACAAGUGGAGGGAAACAAGCUUCUGAUCCUCCAAAGGAAGGAUAUAUUCACAUGAGGGCUCGAAGAGGCCAGGCCACAAACAGCCAUAGUCUUGCAGAAAGAGUAAGGAGAGAAAAGAUUAGUGAAAGGAUGAAGUUCCUUCAAGACCUUGUGCCGGGUUGCAAUAAGGUCACAGGGAAGGCAGUUAUGCUCGAUGAAAUCAUUAACUAUGUCCAGUCACUACAACGACAGGUCGAGUUCUUAUCAAUGAAACUCGCAACCGUAAAUCCUCAGCUUGAGUUAAACCUCGAUGGCCUCAUGGCUAAAGAAGCCCUUCAGCUACGACCUGGUCCCUCAUCUGCACCACCAUUUCCCCAAAGCAUCAUGCCAAUGGCUUAUCCUCCUCUACCGCAUCUUUCCCAACCUGGAUUCAUGGAACCGACUCUCUCUUGCAUGAGAAAUCCAUCUGAUGUCCUUAGGCAAACUGUCACUUCCCCAUUGUCUCCCAUGAAUGAAGGAGGAUUCAAGCGACCGGAAACACAGGGAUGGGAGUGUGAUCUGCAGAAUGUUGUUCACGUGUGCUAUGGAACCGAUGCUACACCUGAAAAUCAAGAAGCAACUGGGUCUCUUCCACCUGCUGACAUGAAGGUUGAGCAGUGACGUUUCGUCCCUCGUUAUCGUUUGCCCCAAGUGGUAAUUAUAUGUCGUUGGUUAUACCAACACAAGCAGAGCAAUUGAAAUACUGCGUCGGCUUGUCUAAAACAUCCAGAUUCCAACCAGAAUGUGGAAAAUGGAAAAGGAAAGAAGAUUGGAUCUUGUUUCUGUAAUCUGUACAGCUGGGGAAGACUCAUCUGAUUACCCUUCACUCUGGUUGAUUCCAAGUGGGAGAAAGAGAUAGAAGUGAAAGUCCUUUUUAUAAUGGAGAGGGAGAUUUGGGGUGUUGGAAAGAUCUGUGCUUUCACUAUGUUCUUGUUUUGUGUAUAGAUAGGUGGAUAUAGAAGUGAAAAUAUUUGAUGUAAUUUCUCUAUGAUCAACAUGAACAUGAUUUACCUUAGGUUUUUAUAGAAGAGGAGAUGCCCUUUAUUCACA